UGCGCAUGUGCAGCCCGUUUUAAAUUGCGUAGGCGGAUGCGCGCGAGUGGGCGCGCACUCGCGCGCGCUCGCUGGGUCGCGGCUCUUUCGUUCCUACCAUCUACCGCCGUCUUUCGCUUAAGGUGCUACUGGAUUUCUGCCUGGCUGUUCUUCGGGUGACUCCGUCCUCGCUGGGCUGCCUGGAGCUGCGUCCCCUGUGGACUUCCGCCCCCAAACCCUGCGCGGGCUGAGCCGCGCCGGAACAUGGCCGCGUGGGGGCUGGAUCAUCUCAAAAAUGACUAUAGAAGAAGAUUUUGCCGACCAUCCAGGGCACCUGACAUUAAUACGGAGAAAGGCCAGAAUAUACUGGAAAUCUUACUAGACUGUUUUGAAGAAAAAAGUCUUGCCAAUGAUUCCACAAAAUCAGUGCUUUAUUCAACACCUAAAAUAAAAGACAUUUGUGUUCAGUCACCAAGUAAAGAGACUCAGUGCCAGAAAUCACAUCCAAAGUCAGGUACCGUUUCUUCAAGAAAGAAAGAAGCCCCUCUGCAGUUAGUUGUGGAAUCAAGUGAAACUGUCAACAAAUCAGUUCAGGCCCAUGAGUUUCAUCAGGAAAUUUUGGAAACUGAUGUUCAUUCUAACAAUACAUCUGACUCGAGAAAAAUGUCAAGUAAAAAACUAAAAGAUCAUCACAAUGAAGCUGAUGAGGAAUUUUACUUAUCUAUUGGCUUACCUUCUGAUCUGGAUGCAAAAGCAUCUUUAUUGAAAAAGACUAUUCCAUCUGUUGCCCAAAAGAGAGAGACCUAUACUUCUGAAAAUUCAGUAAAUAUGCUGCCUUCAAGUACAGAGAUUUCUCAUAAAACCAAAAAAAGGUUAAACUUUGAAGAUAAAGAUGAUUUGAAUAAAGUAGAAGUAAUGAAUAAAGUAUCAGAAAUAGAGGAUAAAGUAUCAGAAGGACCACAAGAGAAGAAACAGUUAGGAACAUCUCAAAAAAGAAUACAAGAUUCAGAAUGUGAAGAUCAACCACAAGCUAGAAAGAGUUUUUCAACAUUGUUUUUAGAAACUGUAAAAAGAAAAAGUGAAUCCAGUUCUGUUGUUAGGCAUAUAGCAACUGCUCCACCUCAUUUAUCUCCUGCAAAUAACAUGAAGUUAUUAGAAGAUGAAUUUAUAAUUGAUGAAUCAGAUAAAAGUUUUGCCAAUCAACCAUGGAUUACUAUACCAAGAAAGACUGGGCCUCUGAAACAAUGCACAGUAUCUCCUGCUGAGAGCACUGUACUCCUUCAAAGGAAGAAGUCAAGAGAAAAACAUGACAGUGUAUCAUCUACAGGUUUGAAAAGUGGCAAACAUCCUGGUAAAGCUCACCCAGUAGAGAAAUCUCAGUCUUCUGAACAAAAAAUACUCGGUGGGAGUUGUGCUUUGACAGAUGAAAUGGAAAAUAAUUGUAAAUCUUCAAAAUAUGAAAUGUAUUCUGAGAAUGCAAAAAAAUCAUCUGGAAACAAAAGGACUAUAAAACAAAAACGGGGAACAAAAUUUAAGGCCAGUGUAGUUGAAGAACAAGUUGACAUGGAACAAUCUAAAGGUAGAAAUAUAAAUAUAUCACAUAUUGCCCAAGACAGGUUACAAAGAAAUUCAGACCGAAAUAUGGACGAGGGUGAAGAGAUAAGUGUUCACACUUCCAAAAAACAGUUGCUACCUCUGGGAAGCAAGAAAGGUAGCACCAAUGUUCCUCAUGUAGAGAAUCAGAAAAAAGAUAAGGAAUGCAAAAAGAAGGGUUUUUCAGAUGGGUCCAAGAAGAACAAAAUUGUACCUGAAGAAUUGACUUCAACUGUCACAAGAAGUCAAAGAAUUUCCAGACAUCCAUCUAAUUGGUGGGUGGUAAAAUCAGAGCAGAGUCCUUUUUCUAGCAAUUCUUCAGUAAGAAGUGAAUUGUCAUUGUAUCAUAACAGUAAACAAAAACCUGCUGAAAAAACAAACCAAUCAUCUAAGAAUACUGGGAAAAAAACUAUUCCAUUUAAAAGGCAGAAGAGAACUAAUGAAGGCAGCUCAAGAACACAGAAGGUUUUAAAUGCUAAAGGUUCUGGUUGUUCCCAGAAUGAGUCAUUGGAAAGUGGUGAGGCAGACCCAGCUGAGAAGAAAAACCUUAAUCCUUCUAGAGGUACAGGAAGCUCAAAGAAUCAAGAUAGUAUGGCUGUACAAAAUGUUCAUCAAAAGUCUCAGAUCAGUGGACAUACAUGCAAGACACGAGCAGAGUCAAACUUGGAUUCUAGAGAGCCUGGGACUUCAGUUUUGGAAGGAAGUGGACCUUCUAGGCUCAAGAAUUAUUUAACGUCUGGAAUGAAUAAUUCAGAUGUGGAUGAUAAUGAAGUUCAGGAAAGUUCGAUUAGAUGCAAGCUGCUGGGGCUGGAGUCAUUUGAAAUAUCAGCUGGACUGGAAAUCCACGAUGAUUCAAGAGUAAAAAGGUCUAACUCAACACCAGAGAACAAGGUGCAUCACAAAUUAGUAUUGCCCUCCAACACACCAAAUGUUCGCAGGACCAUGAGAACACGAUCAAAACCUUUGGAAUACUGGCGAGGGGAGCGAAUAGAGUAUCAAGGAAGGCCAUCUGGAGGAUUUGUGAUUGGUGGAAUACUCUCCCCAGACAAAGUAUCAUCUAAAAGGAAAGCAAAAGGAAACUUGGGAAGAGUCAAUACAGUAGUUAAUAGGAAAAGGAUCUGUCUUGAUAAUGAUGAAAGAAAGAAUAAAUUCGUGGUAAAUAUGAAUAUACCUCUGGGAGAUCCUUUGCAGCCAACGAGGGUAAAGGACCCAGAAACACGAGAGAUUAUUCUUAUGGAUCUUGUUAGGCCACGAGAUACAUACCAAUUUUGUGUUGAACAUGGUGAGUUGAAAGUAUAUAAAACAUUGGACACACCAUUUUUUUCUACUGGAAAAUUGGUAUUAGGACCACAUCAAGAAAAGGGAAAGCAGCAUGUAGGCCUAGACACAUUGAUUUUUUAUGUUAACUUUGGUGACCUUUUAUGUACCUUACACGAAACACCUUAUGUAAUAACAACUGGGGAUUCAUUCUAUGUUCCUUCAGGUAAUUAUUACAACAUCAAAAAUCUCCUGAAUGAGGAAAGUGUUCUUCUUUUUACACAGAUAAAAAGUUGAAAGAUGAAGCAAAGUUUAAAUAUGUGUGUAUAUAUAUAUUUACAUACAUACAUAUAAAACACAUUGUGUAGU